AAUUCUGUUGAAAUAAUUAAAAUAAGUUGAAAACGUAAAAAUGGUAUACUUAUAUUUUUUUAUACUCAUUAUUUCUUUGGCUGAUUUAACAUUCUCGAAGGAUAGUCCAGACGAUUGUUUAUCUCGGGGAUUUACUUCAUCCAACUUAUUGUGUUCAACAUGUGAAAAAUUUGAUAUUAUAAAUGAGCCAGAAAUGAAAAAAAAUUGCAAACAAUGUUGUCUCGAAGAUGAGUCAAGAAGAUAUCCCAAAGCUAUUUUAGAAGUGUGUACAUGUAAAUUUGGAGCAUACCCACAAAUUCAAGCAUUUGUUAAAAGCGAUCGACCUAAAAAAUAUAAGAAUUUAUCAAUAAAAUAUGCAAGAGGUGCUGAUCCUACUAUUAGGCUCUACAACCAUGAAGAUAAACUCGAAGAUGUUCUUGAUAUUCAUAAAUGGGAUACUGAUUCUGUUGACGAAUUUCUUCGAACUCAUUUGAUUAUGGAUUAAUGAUAAAUUUGUGGUUCUUUAAGGUAUAAAUAUUUUAUUUAUCAAAAGUAUUUUAAUUUGUGCAGUAUCUAAAUACACAAUAUUAUUGUAAAAAAUUUUUAUAAAAAAAUACGAUCAAUCAAUACAGUUCUGGUAUAUUCUA